CCUCAGGUGGAGAAGCGUUUCUGCAGCAGCGUGCGCUGUAGCCAUGGCAACUGGAGAAAGCAGAUCUGCUCUUAUAGAUGGUGUCACAUCAGGUGUGGAACCACAGCGCGUUGCAACUUCUCGGCAUUUUUCUGCCCUUAUGAGAAAGAACCUUUUGCUGAAGAAGAGGGAGUGGUCUGCCCAAUGCUGCCCCUGGUGACAUCCUUGUUUACGACCCGGCUGUUGGCCACAUUCUACAGUUUUUGUCGUGUCAGGUGUCCGCUGGCUGCUUGCUGCGAGUUACUUUUACCCAUUGCAGUUCUGGCCUUGUUAUGGUGGGCAAAGUCAGAAUGCAGCAGAACUGGGCAGUGUGAGAUUCCCGUUCUGGAGGGCUGGGGUGGUUUGAUGCCCAAGGAGAAUAAGAGCAUCAUUUGUGAAGAAGGCCUAGAAUUGGCACCACCUUCGAGCACCCGGUUGUCAAAGAGGUCUAGAUGCGAUGCCUGGACAGAGCACAUUUUGCACCCUGUGGACUUUUAUGUGGUUUUGUCAUACUUACACUGGACUGGGGAACGCAUCGCGCUUGCUGCAGAGAAAGCUGCAGAUGUGCCGAAGGUGGAGCAGUUUCGUGAGACAGUGACAGCGGAGUGGUUUCCAGACAUCAACAUGACGAAUAUCCCGUGCAUUCCGCUUGAGAGAGACUUUCUGGGAAAGAUUGAAAGUGAAGUCAUGCAGAUUAAGGAGAACAGAUCGACAUUGCGCUGUAUGAAGGAAAAAAUCAAUCCAGGAGUUCUUCCAGGUUUUGCCAACCUCACCCAUCCCAAGAUCUUCACCGCUGCAGAGUUGGAAAGCUACAUGGACACUGGUGUAAAGCUCUUUGCUGCUCUCGUCUUUCAUCAGCUGCCGUCGGGGGCGAAAGGUGCUCCAGGAGAUUGGGACUACAGCAUCAGGUUGAAUGUUUCCUCAGGUACUCAAAUCUUCACGCGAGUUCCACCGACUCGGCCCCUGGAUUUAGGACUUCGAAACAAUGAGGCAUUUGUAUAUGUCAGAAGAGGAUUUGUCUCAUUACAGCUUUUGGUGGAUCGAUACAUUAUCGGUUGGCCAAGAGAUAUUGAGCUUACAAAUGAGACUUGCCAUGAACUGCUACUAGCAAGUGGUCUGACUUGGGCAAUGAAUGAAUCACUGGAGACCCAAGCCACCAUUACCGAGCAUUUGCGUUACUUGCCUCAGGGCGUAGCAACUUUGCCUAUGCCUGUGGGGGGCAAAGUUAUUGACGGAUUUUAUGAACUUAUUGCGCUUGCCUUCCCUUUGGUCUUCAUUGUAGCCUUCCUCUACACGCAAAAAAAGGUUCUGAAUGAGCUGAUUUCGGAGAAAGAAACCAAAGUGCGAGAAAGCUUGAGAAUGCUCGGAGUGCGGAGUUUGGCAAUUAUCAGCUCUUGGUUUGUCACCUACGGGAUCAUUUUUGCUGCCCUAUGCGCAAUUUUUGCCAUUGUAGCUUCAUUCUAUGUUUUCCCACAUUCUUCGUUAGCGUUGAUUUUCUUGUUCUUCUGGCUGUGGUGCAUGUCCUUUCUUGCCUUCGCUUGGUUUAUUCAUUGCUUCUUCAACCAGUCUCGGACAGGAGGUAUUGUUGGCAUGAUCAUUAUGUUUGCGCAAUGGAUCGUGUAUUCAUCGCAGAACCAAGAGGGCCCUCCAUCUGAGAGUAUUACAUUGCUGUUAAUGCUGAUGCCCAAUGCAGCCUUUUGCACGGGCCUAGAAAUUCUCGCCAAGUUCGAAGCUGCCCGGGUUGGCGUGAAUUUUGAUAAUGUCUGGAUGGAAGUGAGAAACUCCUCCUUCAUAUCUGUCCUGGGCAUGAUGUGCCUGGAUGUUAUUUUGUUCACAGCCCUUGGUUGGUACUUUGAUCGAGUGCUGCCCAAAGAAUACGGCGUGCGCUUGUCACCAACCUUCGUCUUUCGGCGCUCAUUCUGGCAGUCCAUUUGGAGUCCAUCUACGCUUGAUGAUGCAGCGGCAACAGCAGAGCGUGCGGCAAUGGUUGGACCAGCGGCGCUGUGCACAGCUGCAGAAGAGGUACCAGAGGCAACCUGUGCAAAGCAGCUGUGAGGCAAUGCACUGAAUAUUCUCAUCAAUUUUGUCGGACGCGCUGAUAGUGCUUUGAGCGUAGCAGCGAGCAGUGCCGGUUAGUGGCUGUCUAGUUAGUUUAGUUUUAAGGUUUAGCUUUCAGGAUUGUGGGGUGGUAGAGGUAGAGGUUUGGGCGCGCG